UCAAAAGUGAUUUCUCUCUCGCCAGUGCAAGACGCAGCUUGCCGGUGCUCUGAUUUCAAUUUGAUCGAUUUUUCGAAAUUCGUAGAAAAAAGAAAUUUUAAUCCGGAUCAAAAUGCAGAUGAAAGACAAGCGAGCCCUCGUGAUCGGCGUUUCCAACGGUCUCGGGGUAGUUUUCGGAAAAGAGCUCUUGCGUAACGGCGUCGCGCGGGUCUUGAUGAUCGACCAGCACGAUUCACUCUGCAAAUCGCAGCUCGAGCAGCUCAACGAAGAAUUCGGUCGAAAUCGAGCGGCCUUCGUCGGUUGCGAUCUGACCAAAGGCUCGGAAUUCGAUAAUGUCUUUAAAGAAUCGGUCAAGGAGCUCGGUGGUUUGGAUAUAAUAAUCAAUAACGCAGCCAUGAUCGACGAAAGAAACUUCCACCAGAGCAUUGAUACAAAUGUCACUGCCGUGUUCCGAGCCAACAUGUUGGGAGUACAGUUUAUGGGCAAAGACUGCGGGGGCCGCGGAGGAGUCAUCGUCAACGUCGCGUCGAUUCUCGGUCUCGAAGCUUUUCCACAAUUGCCCGUUUACUCGGCCACCAAUAACGCCCUCAUCGCCUUCAGUCGCUCCUUCUCGCAACCCUAUCACUACCAAAGGACGGGCGUGAGGAUUGUGGUGCUGUGUCCUGGACUCACAGAUUCCAAAGCCUUGGAAUGUUUGAAAAACGAUAAGCUCGUAACGAGACUGGAAGAUCUAUCGGAAGCCAUGAAAGACAUUCAACCUCAAAGACCUGAAACUGUUGCACACGCGGUUGUUUAUGUCAUUAGGUGUGCACAAAAUAGCAGCAUUUGGAUCAGCGAAGACGAUAAACCAGUGUAUGAGAUUCAGUUGCCGGAUUCUCUGCCGGUCAAAUCGCAAUGAACCACUUUUUUCAGCAGACAUAGUAAUUUUAUAAGUUAUAAUUAAUUCAUACAAACUUUAUCACAUACGGAUCAAUACCAAUGAAAAGAAUUCAACAGUCAAUAAUUUUAUUCAUAAAGAAUGAGUGAGGAGAGGAACAAUCAACAAGCGAUACACAAAAUUA